UUUUUUGUUGUUUUAAUGUUUUCAUAUUGUGAAUUAUGGUAAUGACAUAUUAUUAUAUGCUUUAAACUUAAUAUGAAAUUAAUAUUAACUAUUCAGUCGUCUGUUUGUUCUGUUUGAUUAGAUAAUUGUUGAAAUUGUUGAAAUUUAUUAUUAAACUGCCUUAAGCAUGGAGACUGAAUCGUUACAAAGUUCUUGGUCACCAUAUACGGAGCUGCUGCCUGUUUUGGAGAACAUUUUUACAAAUGAAAGACCGAAUGUAGCAUUUUUAAAACGCAUUUUACGUGCUGCCAAACCACAUUUUUUGAAUGUAUUUAAGAACCCACCAAAAAAUGUUAAAAGUCGAGAACAAAUAAUGAAAGUUUUGGCAGAUGGAAAACCAAUUCAGAAAUUUGAGAUGUUGGCAUUACCAAAAGAUAUGGCCGAAGAAGUGCUUAUUCUCUCAGAUAUGUAUGAUUUAGAUGAACUUAUGUCUUUGGAACUUUUAAAUACUGCUCGAUACCAAAAUCCAAAAUAUCCAGAACUUUGCCGAGGUUUAGUAGCAGUAUUGUUGUAUUAUAAUGCACAUCGUAUGCUUGCAUCUUCUUUAAGACUUCUCAUUGAAGGAAGCACAGGUCGUACUUGGAUGCCACGUGUAGAUCCAGCAUGUGCACAACAUCUUGGCCAAUUUGUUGAUCAACUAAUGAAUGAUGGAUUAUUUAUUAAUAUUUUAAUUGUAUUGGAAAACAAAGAUUUGACUAAAGAAAUUGAAUUGCUUCAAAAAAAUAAAGCAAUUGGUGGUCCAAAACAUCACCAACUUGUUGUGAGCUUAUUUACUGAAAUUCGUACAAUGUUAGCAGAAUGUGUAUUUUAUUAUUCUAUUCAAUUUGGAUUAUCAAAACAACAAUUAAUUAGUUUAUUGAAACAUUUGCAAAAGAUAAAACCAGAUGUAGAAUCGCAUGGAGUGGUUAGCAAAGUACCUUUAUUUAUGGUGACUUCAUUUUUAUAUGCUAUUGAUUUGGAUUGUAUGAAUAAUACUCAAGAAAUUAGUGGUGAUACUAAGGAGCAAUUUUUAACUUCGGCAUACACUGAACUUAUUUCACACGAUUGGGAAUGGCCAGAACUGAAAAGUAUUGCUACUUUUGGAUUAGCUGUAGCAUUCUCAAAAUUACGUUCUUCACAACAUGUAUUUCAGGAUAAAAAUUUAUUCAAAAUUGAUGAAACAUUAAUUAGCAAUGCUAUGGAUACUAAAGUAUUUAGAUUUUUGAACCAAAAUGUUGCUCCUUCAGAAUUUCUUCAUUAUGUGGAAUUCAUGAUAAAAAAAUUUCAUCAAUUGAUCACUGAAUUUAUUGUUAUGAUGCCACAUACCGUCAAAGAAAUAAGAAACAAAUCAGAUGAAAUAGCACAUACAAUUUUAAUUUAUUACCAAGAAGGAUUAGAACCUCCAACAAGUGAAGAAAAUCAUUUUGAACAAUUGUUAAUGUUGAUGGCAGCAUUGUAUGCAAAAGAUCCAUUAGAAUUGAACUUAAAUUUGGAUUAUUGGCCACCAUCUCGUGAACAAUUAAAAACGAUCAAGAUGUCAUCAUUUUUAACGACUCAAAAAUUUCAAGCUUCAUUAUACAGAUUUAUCUGUCAAACUGGUGACAUGUUGCCUCACAUGUUAUUUGUACCAUAUUUAAAUAUGUUAAGCUCAUUAGCAACAUCUGAAACUGGGGCUGAAAAUGUGUUUAAUCACUUUCAUUCUAAUGCAACUAAUUCCAAUCUUACUUGGGAUCACUUUUUCAAAACUUUUUUGAGAUAUUAUACAAAUUUAAGACAAGAAAAUAUUCCUCCGACCGACACUGUGUACAAAAGAGGACAUCAAAAAGGUAUUACUGCUCUUGAAAUACAAGGUCUCCAAGCUGUAUUAAAAUUAAUCAGGAGUGUAGCAGAACAAAGCGUUAAGUCAAAAGUAACUUUUGUGGACCGUUCCGAAUGGGAGACACUUCCAGUUUUGUUGGGUCUUGUAUCAUGCCCAGUGAGAAUUUCUCUCAAGGCAGAUUUAAUUUUGACACUUUCUACAUUAGUUAAACCUCCACCAUCAAUAAUAGCAAUCAAUUUUUGGCAAACACUCGAAGCAUCUCAAAUAAUUGUAACUGUACCAACUAUAAGCAGCUAUCAAAGUCGUGGUAUAAUGGCAGAGUUAGAUGAUCUAGAACCUCGCAAUGAAGAAUACCCAUUGACAAUUGCUUUAUUGAAAUUAUUGUCUACUCUUACAGAACAGCCAGUACCAAACCUUUUGGGUUCAAAUAACCGAACACCUGGUUUCGAUCCAUAUUUAAAUUUUGUUUUAAAUAAUAUUUUUCUGAAAUGUCUCUCUAGAGGUUAUAAAAAACAAAAUGAAAAAUGGGAAGUAAGUGGCAUAUGCCUGGAACUCGUAUUAAAGUUUUUGAACCAAUAUGAACCUCAGCAAACGGAUUUUGUGGGUAGUAGUGUUUUUCUACCCGAUAAUACUACUAUUAAUGUCAACCCACCCCCUGGUUUUCAUAUCAUGACAUACUUAUGCACAAAUUCUGAUUUUUUAAGAACUAUUUUAAAUAUAAUGCACACGGGCUGUCAAAUGUUUGAUCUCUAUACCUCAUUUAGUGGUAAAGAAGCAAUGGAAAAAACAACAUUAGUUGUACUACGCCUUUUAGAACAGGCUUUACAUUUACAACAAAUAUUUUUAAAUGCAUCUAUUUCUUCUGGGUCACCUCUUAUAUAUACUGGAUUGCAUAAAACUCUUGUUAGUAUUAAUGUAGCAACAAAUGAACCAGAUUAUAUAAUCGAUUUAUCCAAGUUUGUAACUUAUACACAUUUACCAGAGCAUGCAUAUCAUGCAAUUCGAAUACUGAUGACAAUAACUUCUUAUCCGAUACCUCAGUCUCAUAUGGUAUCAUAUUUUACUUCCAAUCCUAAACUUACAAUUGGUAUUAGACAUGGAUUUGUAGAAUGUCUAGAAGAAGAAGAAUCAACAAAGAGCACGCGACUGAGCUGCCGGCAGCUGUCAGACCCCCUGGCGAAAGUCAGGAGCGCUGUGAUUGGUCGUUAGUUGUCGACGGCUGCCGUCACCGAUCGCUAUCGUAUACGUAUACGCCUGCGGGAUGUCGGCGGGGGCAUUGCUGCAAACAUCAGCGCCAACUGGUGGCAACAGACAUGCGCGAACUCGACGAGUUUUCGUCGAUCGAGUGGGUAAGGUUAUUCUGAAUAGAGUAUA